UCGGGGACGCGGUGGCCUCGGGUCCCCCUUGUCGAACCGGCUCGGCUCGGCUCGGCUCGUUUCGGCUCGGCUCGGCUGGGCUGGGUUGGGCUGGGCUGGGCUGGGCUCGGCUUCUCCCGCGGCCUGCGGCGGCGCGCGGCCUCCCCACCUCGCGCGGACCCCCGGCUUUGUGUGCGCGGCGAGCCGGGCCCCGCAGGCUCCGUUCUCCUCCGGCCGCGCGCCGUGGGGGAGGGGCGCCCUGGUAACGGUCCCGCCGGCCCGGGGAGCUCGGAACCGGCCCCGGCGGCGCGUUCUGCACACUCAUCCUCAGUCGUCUGCUCGCCGCGGGGCGCGGAGGUCGCGGAGCCCCGGGAGAGCGGGCGAGCGGGCUAGUGAGCGAGCACAGGUCUUAUCUAAAGAAAUCACCUCCGCGGGGAUUGCUUGCCCUGGCGUCUGGGAUCUUUUAUGAUGAUAAUGGGAAAAUGUGCAGACUCCGACUGCUCUUGCCUUGAGCUUUUAAAUUUUAUUUAUGUAUUUUAUUUAUGUAGUUUUAACAUAGAAAUUUCCCAGUUAUUGUUUUGAGACUGGGUCGUUUCUUUAAAAUAAUUCAAGUAAAAGUGCCUGUAGACUAUGCUUAGUAACUUAGCGGCUUGGAGUUAAAAACCGAGUCGUUAAAUUUCACAGAAUAGUUGCCGGCAUAGUGGUUUGUGGUUGCCUUGAUCAGUUUGAUCCAGAUCCUCCUUAUAAAUAAAGAUGACCUUAAUCAAGCCCGGUAUCUUGCCUGGUCUAAGUUAUGUGUUAGAUUGAUGCGUUGCCUAGGUGACCCAAGACCCCCUCCCCCCAGUUCCACACAAAGAUUCUUUGCAGAGUGAUUCUUUACAUCACUUGUGCCUUUCCUUUGCUAGACUCGCAAUGCUUGGAUUGUUCAAAUCUCUUCAUGAAGGGGAUCGGCUCCUCUUACUGGAGUUGAUGACUUAUUCAGGGUAUUUUCAUGUUCACAGUUUUUGAGAUGAGUAAGUGGGAAAUACCUAGCUAUAUGUCAAAUAAAUGUUAUCUCCUCCGUUUCAUUUGUGCCCUUUUCUGUUGUUAAAACUAGUUUUCACCCUUGCCUGCUUUUAGGAGGUAACAGCAAUAGAAUAUACCUGAUAUUUGGACAACUAUGUCACUGAAUUUUUGCUGAGUAUUAGUGCCAAGUUUUAAAAAUUUCUUUCUAGGAUUUAAUUUUCGUGUGUAUUGUCACAUAGGUGCCCCACCCCCAACCCCUGCUGGUUGUGUAGACUAAGCAAUUGAUUAAUUUGAUACAUUGGUACAAAGAAGUGAAAAUAAAGAAAGGCAGCUAACCAGCAUGAACUUAAAAUAAACAGACGGCUCAUGCUUUUCAUCAGGCAGAAGGAUUAAAGGUUGACGAGACCGGAUCAGUGCAGACCGCUCCUCAGCUGUCUUUUAACAUUAGAAACUGGACUGAAAUAAUUUCUUUCCCCCAACCAAGCUGAGGUCAUUGAACGUGAAUUUGCAAAAGGCCAUUUAUUUGUAUUGUCUAUAAGUUCUACACAAAUGUAUUGGCAAUUGGUUCUAAUUAAACAGUAUUGUAUAAGUGACCUGAUAACUUCAAUUAGCCAAAACAUUUUAAUAACUUUCUUGCCUUUUUUGAUCGGUAAGGACUGUGGAGAAUUUAAACUAGUGCAUACGUGUGAAUUCUUAAUUGUAAAUGAAACAAGCUACUUAAUGGCUUUUAAUUACCGUAUUAAGUCUCAGUUUAUAUUUUUAAUUGCCCAUUUCUAAUACACCAAUAGGACAGUCAACGUGUAAUUAAACUCAGUGGGGUAUUGGUUCUAGAGAUACAGUUGGUGCUUUAAUGUUUGUGUCACUGAAACUAUUACAUUUACAAUGUAAUGGGUUUGAUUGGAAUGGAGAAACAGGUGUUCUGAGAUAGAUAUGAAUGUGGCCCAAAACUUUUGUAAAUGACAGAGUAAUGUAUUGUCAAAGGUUGGACACCCCAGAUGGGAUACUAUUUGGAAUGCCAGUACUGAAAGGUACAACUUUAAGCUAAUGUUGAUGGAAAGCCAAAAUAAGUCUUUUUUGUUGUUGUUAUCUUUUUUAAAAGAUUUCAUUUUUAACCAUGGCCUUGUCUGUGUGUGCAUAUUGCAUAUUUGAAUGAAGGCAGAAGAGGGAGCCAGACUUCCAAGUCUUGGACUUUGGACUGUUUUGAGCCUACCCACAUGAGUGGUAGGAACCAAACUGGGGAACUCUCUGAGCAGUAAACUCUCUCUUAACUGCUAAGCCUUCCCUACAUACAGCCUUGCUGUGCUCUUCUAAAAGUUUGUUUGUGUGCCUAGCUUCCUUUACAUUUGUAUUGAGUUGUAGAGGUGAUUUUAGGAUUUACAAUUGGCUCAGUGGCUAUUACUUUAAGGCCUUUUAAAAGCAGAAGCUCUUGAGGACUAAGCAAACUUUUAUGCAUCCCCUAUCCUCUACAGUGAUAGACAAUCAUAUACUCCUUUAGUUUGAGGAUAAAGAUUUCUUUUGAAAGAAACCUUUUCACCUGUAUUCUGGAAAGCUUGACUUAAUGGUCCUACAGCUCUGUAUAAGUUCACUUUUCCUAGAAAUUUAUUAUGUGACAAAAUUGAACACAGAAUAUUCUCAAUUAUCCUUAAAUGCAAAAAUAUGAUAGUCUGAGCUAUGAAAAUUAUACCGAAUAAGUUAUCAAGUCAGAAUAGUAGGUAUUGUACCCAGACUAUUUUUUUUUAAUGUAUUUAUUUCAGUCUUCCCCAAAAAGUUUCUUUUAUGGUGUUUUUAACAUUUUCUGUUUCUUUUCUAAACAGAAUCUAGGACAGAGAUAAUACUUUUAGACCCCCUGAGGAUGUUUUAAUGUAACACUGUCCCAAAGAGAGCACGUGUUUAGGGUGAAAACAAGUUGAGAAACUUGAUACAGAAAAGGGCUUAUGAAAGUUAGAAAUUCUAAUUGACAAAAAGAGCUUUUAUUUUUAUUAACGUUUUCUAAGUGGAGCUCUCUGAAAGAAAGUAAUGAAAUCUUGGGUGGUAAUACGUACACAAAAAGAAAAUAAAGCAGGGUAAACAGAGUAUUCACAAUGAAGAUGCAGCCACAUCAUAGAAGUCAUAUAUUUUCAGCAGUAGAAGUUUAAUAGAAUUACCCACUACAUUAAGCAUAUGGAAAUAGCCAACUCAGAAGACUACAAGACAGCCACUGUUGAGAGAGAUAAGAUCCCUUCUCACAUGACUAAGAUGCAAACCUUUAGGGAAAGUAUGUUUAUGUGUUACCGAGUGACAAAAAAAAGUCACUUAUGCGAUGCUAUUGGAACAGAACUGAAAAUCUGCAAAACAGAGAGGCUGUUUCCUUAGUCGGUUUCCAUUGCUGUGAUGAACAAAGGCAGCUUAGGGAGAGGAUUUGUUUGGCUUCUGUAUCCCUGGUGCUGGCCAUUCAUUGUGGGACUUGCACAGGAACACAGGUAGGCACCUGGAGGUAGGAACUGAGGCUGAAGCCUUACAGAAACACUGCUAACUGGCCUGCUCUCUGUGGCUUCCUCUUCAUGGUCUCUUACAGCAGUCAGGGCUGUCUGUCUGCCCAGGAGAGGCAUUGUCCUCCCUCAGUAAACUGGGCCCUUCCAUUUCAAAGGUCAACCAAGAAAAUUCAUACAACUUGCCUAGAGGUCAUUCGAGGGCAUUUUCUCAAUUGAGGCUCCCCUGUCACAAUAAAAAAAAAAAAAAAAACCCAGAAAACUAGUCAAUGCUCUGGUCAGCUGCCUGAUGAAUACAGUUUAAUUGGGACAUACCUAUGCCCAUUUGUUUGUACUAUUAUUUUUGUGGUGCUGAGAUGCUAGGACUGAUAAGCAACUGUUUUGCCUUUAAGCCAUACCUUUACCCUUAUGCCCAAAUAUGUUUACAUACUGUCCUAGCUGAUUUUUGGAUAGAAGUUGGAUUGUUGGUUUGGGGGAUUAGCAGAUCAGAAAUACUGAUUUGAUUUUGAGAAAAGUUUGCCAUUCUUCAACUUAGAGCAUCACAGAAAACAAUGAGGAGGUGCCUUCUUAGAAACAUGGCUUUGAAACCUCCCAAGGGAGAGGGGUUACAGAAAAGAUGCUGUCUUAGCUCCUCUUAGCCACCAUACAUGAGCCAUGAGCCUAUUUGUAUUGCAGGAGACUCUCCCAAACAUACUGGAACCAAGAAGAACCCAUGUGAGUUUAUCACUAGUAUCCCCUACUGACUCAAGGGUUAGAUUGUGACCUAAAAAGAUAUGUUUGAGUCUCUGUUGUUUGCAGAUCAGAUAGUCUGAAUGAGUUUACAGCAAGAAGUUGACAACCUGAGUGGAAACUCUGGAGAGAUUAAAAAAGAAUGGACAAAGUUUUCUGGUCUUGGAUGAGCAAAGAUUUGCAAAGGAAAUUCUUCCUAAGUACUUCAAACACAAUAACAUGGCGAGCUUUGUGAGACAACUAAAUAUGUAUGGCUUCCGAAAAGUAGUGCAUAUCGAAUCUGGAAUUAUCAAACAGGAAAGAGAUGGCCCUGUUGAAUUUCAGCAUCCUUAUUUCAAGCAAGGCCAGGAUGACCUGUUGGAGAACAUUAAAAGGAAGGUUUCAUCUUCAAAACCAGAGGAAAAUAAAAUUCGUCAGGAAGAUUUAACAAAAAUUAUUAGUAGUGCUCAGAAGGUUCAAAUAAAACAAGAAACUAUUGAGUCCAGGCUUUCAGAAUUAAAAAGUGAGAAUGAAUCCCUUUGGAAGGAGGUGUCAGAACUAAGAGCAAAGCAUGCCCAGCAGCAACAAGUUAUUCGGAAGAUUGUCCAGUUUAUUGUUACAUUGGUUCAGAAUAAUCAACUUGUGAGUUUAAAACGUAAAAGGCCUCUACUUCUAAACACAAAUGGAGCCCCAAAGAAGAAUCUAUAUCAGCACAUAGUCAAAGAACCAACUGAUAAUCACCAUCAUAAAGUUCCACACAGCAGGACUGAAGGUUUAAAGUCAAGAGAACGGAUUUCAGAUGACAUAAUUAUUUAUGAUGUUACUGACGAUAAUGUGGAUGAAGAAAAUAUUCCAGUUAUUCCAGAAACAAAUGAGGAUGUUGUAGUGGAUUCCUCCAACCAGUAUCCUGACAUUGUCAUUGUUGAAGAUGACAACGAGGAUGAGUAUGCUCCUGUCAUUCAGAGUGGAGAGCAGAGUGAACCAGCCAGAGAACCCUUACGUGUGGGGAGUGCUGGCAGCAGCAGCCCUCUCAUGUCUAGUGCUGUCCAGCUAAACGGCUCCUCCAGUCUGACCUCAGAAGACCCUGUGACCAUGAUGGACUCCAUUCUGAAUGACAACAUUAACCUGUUAGGAAAGGUUGAGCUGUUGGAUUACCUUGACAGUAUUGAUUGCAGUUUAGAGGACUUCCAAGCUAUGCUCUCAGGAAGACAGUUUAGCAUAGACCCAGAUCUUCUGGUUGAUCUUUUCACUAGUUCUGUGCAGAUGAAUCCCACAGAUAACAUCAAUAAUACAAAAUCUGAGAAUAAGGGACUAGAAGCUACCAAGAGCAGUGUUGUUCAACAUGUGUCAGAAGAGGGAAGAAAAUCUAAAUCCAAGCCAGACAAACAACUUAUCCAGUAUACUGCCUUUCCACUUCUUGCAUUCCUGGAUGGGAACUCUGCAUCUGCUAUUGAACAGGGGAGUACAACUGCAUCGUCAGAAGUUGUGCCUUCUGUAGAUAAACCCAUAGAAGUCGAUGAGCUCCUGGAUAGCAGCCUGGAUCCAGAACCGACCCAGAGUAAGCUUGUCCGCCUGGAACCAUUGACUGAAGCGGAAGCUAGUGAAGCCACACUCUUCUAUUUAUGUGAACUUGCUCCUGCACCUCUGGAUAGUGAUAUGCCGCUUUUAGAUAGUUAAACUCCCAAGUGGACACUGUAUAUAUUCAUCAAAAUGAUGAAGUAUUUAUUUUAAAGUAUCAUUUGGUACUUUGUUCUGUAAAUUACUUUUUGUUUAAUCCGAUACUGUGGAAUCAAAGCACCUUUUGCUUUUCUCACUAACCAUACUCUCACAUAGCUUUCAGAUGCUACUCGACUGCCUAGGCAUAUACGUUUUAAUGCACAUUACUGGCAUAUCUUAAGUUCAAUUCAAAUGGCCAUUUUCUCCAGUUGUAAUUGGAUUUUUUUUUUUUUUUUUUUUUUUUUUUUUACAAAUAUGACCAUUAAUCCCAGCUAAACUUGUUUAUUUUCAAUUGAGUUUAAGUGUCUAGAACUAAAGUAGAAAACUCUGGCCCAGUUACUUUUAUUAAAUAUUUUUCACUUGGCUUAUUUCUAAAACUGGGAACAUAAAGUGCCUGUAUCUUGUAAUAUUUCAUGUCUUUGUUGGUUCAGAGAAAUUUAUUCCUGUUAGCAGAAACGGCAAAGUGUACACGAGUACUCAGUCACUGAUGUGGUACUAGCUCCAGAUACAUAGAGAAUGUGGAGACCGGGUGUGCUUAGCCCCACCCAUUUAGACUAGUUUAAGUAUGUUUUCUGGUUUUUGUUCUUUUGAACCAUGGUAUUUAGUAAAAUAAAUAUGAUGGAUGUCGAGUAC